AUUCAAUUUCACGCUCCCGCCGACGCACGCAGAGUAGAGAGUGAGGGCCCACUCGUCCGGCAAGUCGGAGGCUGAGGGAGAGGAUGGGAUCGUCGGCGUUGUCGUCGUGGUUGGUGGGUGCAUGCACGCCAGCUGGUUGUGAAAAGUACUCUGCGGAGAAGCUUUUCGGGCGUUCUUUUCGUUCCUGGAAUCCGGGAUGCAGGUCGGCGUUUGAUGAUUCCCGGCGGGGUGGGAGUGUUGGGAGAAGGAGGAUGUGGUUCCCCACGGCGGCUGUAAAUCCCAUUAUUAGCUCUGGGUUGUGGCCGGCCAGGGCUUCCAGUUCCAAAUAUCAUGGGAGGGUAUUGGCCUCUGCUACAAAUCAUGCAAAUGAUGUUGUCAAGAAGGAGAAGCCUUCUAUCAAAGAAAGGCGAGUUGUUGUGACUGGUUUGGGUGUUGUAUCUCCCGUUGGUCACGAACCCGAUGAGUUUUAUGGAAAUCUACUUGAAGGUGUUAGCGGCAUUAGCGAGAUUGAAGCUUUUGAUCCUUCAGAAUAUUCAACAAGAAUUGCUGGAGAAAUAAAGUCUUUCUCUACAGAUGGUUUGGUUGCACCAAAACUUGCUAAUAGAUUGGACAGGUUUAUGCUUUUCUUGCUGGUAGCGGGAAAGAAGGCAUUGUUGGAUGGUGGAGUUACAGAUGAUGUGAUGGGUGAAUUCGAUAAAACAAGGUGUGGAAUUUUGAUUGGCUCUGCAAUGGGUGGAAUGAGGAUUUUCAGUGAUGCAAUAGAGGCAUUACAGGUCUCCUAUAAGAAGAUGAAUCCCUUUUGUGUACCGUUUUCAGUUACAAACAUGGGUUCUGCCAUACUAUCUAUUGAUUUGGGAUGGAUGGGUCCAAACUAUUCUAUUUCGACUGCAUGUGCGACUGGUAACUUUUGUAUUCUGAAUGCUGCUAACCACAUCAUCGAAGGUGAAGCUGAUGUGAUGCUUUGCGGUGCAUCUGAUUCAGUAAUUAUACCACCCGGAGUGGGUGGAUUUAUUGCUUGCAAAGCACUGUCUCAGAGAAACAACGAUCCUACUAGAGCUUCAAGGCCUUGGGACAGUGAUCGUGAUGGGUUUGUACUGGGGGAAGGAGCUGGUGUUCUGCUGUUGGAAGAACUCGAGCAUGCGAAGAAAAGGGGCGCAACGAUCUAUGCUGAAUUUCUCGGUGGGAGUUUCUCUUCUGAUGCACAUCACAUGACAGAACCUCAUCCAGAAGGAAAGGGUGUUGCCCUAUGUGUUGAGAAAGCCAUAGCUCAAUCUGGGCUGUGCAGAGAUGACAUCAACUAUAUAAAUGCGCACGCUACAUCUACCCAAGCUGGUGAUCUCAAGGAACUUCAAGCCCUUCUUCAGUGUCUUGGUCAGAACCCGGAGUUACGGAUAAACGCUACAAAAUCGAUGACUGGUCAUCUUCUGGGGGCAGCUGGUGCAGUAGAGGCUGUAGCGACUGUUCAGGCAAUUCGGACCGGGUGGAUUCAUCCGAACAUCAAUCUGGAUAACCCGGAUAAAGGGGUGGACACCAGGUUUCUCGUGGGCUCGAAAAAGGAACAACUGGAUAUUAAGGUGGCCCUGUCGAACUCCUUUGGAUUUGGCGGUCAAAACUCUUCCAUCUUGUUCGCGCCUUACAAGUAAAAAGAAGAAGAAGAAGAAGAAGAAGAAAUCCCCAUUGUCUAUUAUGGCUGAAAACAAGCCACUGUGGAUACUAUAUUGUGUAACAAUUCUCACUCUACUUUGGAUUCAUUGGCUUCAGUUUUUCCCCUUAUAACAUGUUACACAUAUUGAGAAUGUUUGGCUCUUUGGGUGGUUGCUUCCAAAAUCAAGUGAUUUUCGACCACCCAAACGGAAUUGUUUGGCUCCUCAUCUUGAGGUACAU